CUAUACAUGAAAAACAAUAAUCCUUAAAGCUAACAUCCAUCCUUAAUUUAGCUAUAUUUAUAGACAAAUCUGUUUAUCACAAACACACCUUCACUUGUUUGUCUGCAGUAACCAAUCUGAGCUCCAAGUUGCUUUAAAACAUUUUCUAUGUGAUGUGAAUAAGAUUUGAAUUCUGCUUUCUGUAGAUUAUCACACCCAGAAGUAGGCUUCCUGUUGAAUUAGUCUCUGAUGUUUGCAGUAGAGGACUCAUCAUGGCGACUGCAGCAAUAGAUGAUCCGCCUCCUCUGAAGCGCAGAAGCAGCUAUGAGUUUCUGCCACCUAACAUGUCUGAGCUGAAGGUUGUUCUGCUGGGGAACAGCUGUUCUGCGAGGAAUUCAGUGGGGAACUUUAUACUGGGAGAGACUGUGUUCAACAAAGCACCUGAACGUUUUAUGAGAAUCAGUGGACAGCUACAAGAGAAAAAAUUAGUUGUCGUCAACACCCCAGAUCUGCUGCACCCCAACAUCUCUCAACGCGAUCUGACAGAACAUGUAGAAACCUGUGUGAGAUGCUCUGCUCCCGGACCUCAUGUGUUCCUGCUGGUUCUACAGGCUGAAGGCUUCACUGAAGAACACAAACUGAGACUCUGCAGAUUCCUUCAGCUCUUCAGUGAUAAAUCAUUCGAUCAUUCAUUCUUACUGAUAUCCCCACCCAGAGAGGAGAGUUCAGCUUCCAUGGAAACAUACAUGGAACACCCUCCAUUAAAAGACCUGAUCAGAAAAUGUAGGUACAGGUACCUGAAGAAGAAGAAGAAGAACCUUGAUCGUUCAGAGCUGUUAACACGUUUGGGUCAAACUGCAAAGGAGAACAACGGAAAGCAUGUGACCUAUGAACCAUUUGAGGAUGCAACAUCUACAAAACAGAAGCUUUCUAUCAUGGAAACUGUUCGAACGGCUGGAAUUACGAGGAAAAUCCCUGUGCAACUCCCAGGGGAAAACCCUGGGAUUCACACAUCUGCAUUAAGAAUUGUGCUGCUUGGAAAAAGCGAGGACAAACAGAGAAAAAUUGGUAACUUCAUCUUCGGUAACCAAUUUUUUCAUAACCAAACCAGACCUGUGUCAACCAAACAAUGUGUGGCCAUCCGUGGAGAGUGGAGAGGAAAACCAAUAACGUUAGUGAAAACUCCAGACAUGUUCAGUCUGUCUGGGAAGAACUUGAGAAGAGAGGUGGAAAACUGUGUGACUCUUUGUCCUCCUGGACCAAAUGCCCUGCUGCUGUUAGUGAAGCCUCCUGAAUUCACAGAGGAGAACAGACAAAACCUUAAGUCCAUCCUGAGUUUGUUUGGUCAAGAUGCCUUUGAGUACUCAAUGAUCAUUGUGACACAUCCGUGGGAAGAAAUCACAGUCCCUGUUAAUCGACUCCUUAAGGACUGUGGAGGAAGACACUACAGCAUGUCUGAAGAUAACCAUGGAUCAUUAAUGAAGAAGAUUGAAGAAACAGCAAGUAAAAACAACAAAACCCCACCGCCUGUAUCUGAACACAUCAAACCAGCUUUGAACCUGGUUCUCUGUGGGAGGAGAGGAGCAGGGAAGACUUCAGCAGCCAACGCCAUUUUAGGUCACACAGAGUUUCCUUUAGUGUCGAACUCAUCAGAGUGUGUUAAACAUCAGGGAGAUGUGUGUGGACGUUUGGUUUCCCUGGUGGAGCUGCCUGCCUUGUAUGGAAAACCUCCGGAGGCAGUGAUGGAGGAGUCCUUCAGGUGUAUCUCCCUCUGUGAUCCAGAGGGCGUCCAUGCCUUCAUCCUGGUCCUACCUGUGGAUCCCCUCACUGAUGAAGACAAGGGAGAGUUACAGACCAUCCAGAACACAUUCAGCUCUGCAGUCAAUGACUUCACUAUGAUCCUGUUCACAGUGGAGUCAGAUCCUACAGCUCCAGCUGUUGUUAACUUUCUAGAGGAUAAGGACAUCCAGGAGCUCUGUGAAAGCUGUAGAGGAAAAUAUGUCCUCAACAUCAAGGACAAGCAGCAGAUCCCAAAGCUGUUGGAUGGUGUGGAAAAGAUGAGAGUCGCUAAGUCCAGAUUCUUCACAAAGGACAUGUUCACCAAGGCUCAGAUGAAGAAGGUUGUAGAGCAGGAGAGGGCUAAUGCAAAACUUAAAGCUGAACUGCAGGAUGUUAAAAAGAAGAGUGAAGUGGAAGGUGAUGAUACACAUCAGAGCAGAGAGUGUCUCAGGAUAGUGCUGAUUGGGAAGACUGGCAAUGGGAAGAGUGCAACUGGAAACACCAUUCUGGGCAAAGAACAUUUUACAUCUAAAGGAAGCUCAAAGUCUGUCACUAAGUUUUGUGAGAAAGCAACAGGAGUGAUUGAUGGACAGCCUGUUGCUGUGGUCGACACUCCCGGAUUGUUCGACACGACUCUGUCCAAUGAUGACGUUCAACAGGAGCUUCUGAAAUGCAUCAGCAUGUUGUCUCCUGGACCUCAUGUGUUCUUACUGGUGCUGCAGAUUGGUCGCUUUACUGAAGAGGAAAAGAACUCUGUGGAACUGAUCAAGAAAUAUUUUGGUAAGAAGUCAGGAGACUUUAUCAUCAUUAUAUUCACCAGAGGAGAUGAUCUCAGCCAAUCAAUACAGAGUUAUAUAGACGACUCUGAUGACUAUUUGAAAAACCUGAUACGUGACUGUGGAGAAAGAUACCAGGUCUUCAAUAAUAAGGUUAAGAAUGAUUUCACACAAGUUGGAGAGCUGCUGAAGAAGUCCAACCAAAUACUGGAGAAAAAUGGCGGUAACUGCUACACCUCAGAGAUGUUCCAAGAGGCCGAGAUAGCCAUACAGAAGGAAGUGGACAGGAUCCUGAAGGAGAAAGAAGAAGAAAUGCAGAGACAGAUAGAAGAGCUUCAAAUGAAACAUAAGGAGGAAAUGGAAUCAGUGCAGAGAAGAAUGGAAAAAGAGAAAGCAGAUAUUGAACAAAAGAGAGCCAAACAACUUGAAGAAAUGGAUGAAAACAUCAACAAGGAGCGCACAGAGAGAAAGAAAGAACAGGAAAUGAGAAAAGAAGAAGACAGGAAGAAGAGAAAGCAGGAAGAACUUCAGCGGCAGGAGUGGGAGCAAACAAUUGGAGCUCUUAAGUCAGAAUCAGAAGAAAAGUUGGAGCAGAGUAAAGAAGAGAUGAGAAGGAAACGAGAGGCCUGGGAAAAGAAAAGAGAAGAAUGGUGGGACAAACGAAAUCAAGAAAAUGAACAGAAACGACAUGAGGAGCAAACAAAGCUUAAAAAACUCCAAGAAGAAUAUGAGCAGGAAAGAGAAAAAUAUGAAAAGAAAAGAAAAGAAGAAGAUAGAAACAGAAGAGAACAGGAGGAAAAGGAAAGAAAAGAAUUGGAGGAAAGCUAUAAGAAACAACUGGAGGACAUGAAGAAGAAAUAUGAAGAGGAGGCCAGAAAACAGGCUGAAGAGUUCAAUGAGUUCAGACAGAAAUACACCAAGGAAUUCACAGCGUUGGUGGAGAAGCACAUGGAGCAAAUACAGGACAUGAAGCAAAGACAUGAGAGACAAAUACUAGAGUCAGCAGAGAGCCAUGGUCAAAAGUACAAUCGGUUAAAAGACCUCUCAAAUCACAAAGAAGAAACACUGAAAGAAGAAGUAAAGGCGUUGAAGAGAACACAUGAAGAAGAAAUGGAAGACAAACAAAACCAAUCAAGGCUUUUAAAAGAAGAAAUAGAGACCUUGAGGAAACGGCAUGAAGAGGAAAUGAAAGAGCUGGAAAAAAAUUACAAAUGUAUCAUCCUUUGAUCGCCCUACUGACUCUUCAUCUUAUGAUGUUAAAUAUUUUUUGAGUAUCUUUUAACUGCAGACGUUUAACACUGUCAGUUUAAAGAAUACUUUACUUUUCCGUAUUGCGUCAACUGUAAGUAAUUAACAUACAAAAGUACACAUGUAUUUUAGUUUUACUUUUUUGCUGGUCAAUGGAGCUGGUGCGACCAGGAGCCUGGCUGUUGCUGUGUGUCCUUUGUGUUCAAUGAGCUACAGCCUGACUACUGUUUGUCACUGCAGGUUGAAAUUAAAUCACAUAUACAGUAUGACUUCUCUUACUCAUUAUUUUUGUACUCAUUUUAGAAUCAUUAUGUUAAAUUGAUCCUAUCAUUAUUUCAAGAUAAUUAUUUUCCUUGCAUAGUAUACAUUUUAUUACAAUGCAUCCUAAUGUUUUUUGUAUUUCUAUAUUGUUUAUUU